AUGACGCUCCAACCAUCGACGGCAGCGUCGUGCUGUACCCAGCUCGCCGUCUACGCCUAUCUCGACCCGUUCAAUCUCGCCGUCGCAGGUGGCAGGAACAGCGCCGUCGGCGUGCGUGGCUUGACUUUGGGCGGCGGCAUCUCCCACUUCACCGCCCGCGUGGGCUGGGUAUGCGACAAUGUGGUGAACUUCCAGGUUGCUCUUGCUUCAGGGGGUGCUCGUCGACGUCAAUGCCACGUCACAUCCGCUCCUCUUUUCGCACCCUCAAGGGAGGCGGUAACAACUUCGGGGUCGUCAGGAGAUUCAACCUGGCUAUUCUGGACCGGCACUUAUUCCGUCUCGGCCUCGUUGAUGUCGCAGACCUUUGGCGCCCUCAAUACCAGCCUCUACAAACUUCGCCGUCCCCGGUAG